CGUAAAGAAAAGCGACGGAAAUGAGGCUCACGUUGUAAAAGAGCGACGCGGUUCAUUGAUUGGGGCAGAAUUUUAAAGUAUCGUUUCUUUUGUGUUUUUGUUUUUAUUAGAUUAAAUAUUUCAGGUAUAAAAAGGCAACUCAGAGAAGGAAAAUCCCACCCGCUGUAGAAGGUGCACUUUAACGAUAGGCGGCAAGCUGGCGCAGGUAGCAGGGUGCCGGUGGACAAUGAGAGGUAGUGGUGGCAGCCUGGCACAGAAUCACUGGCAAAGUGAGCUGGCCCUGGCUGGCAGCCAGGGCGGCAGUGGGGGGGAGAAUAUCGGAAGGGAGCACCUCAUGAACCCGACGUUGACCCGACAUCCUUCCAGUCCCAUGCAGCUGAAACAAGGCCAGAGGGAAAGGGGGUGUGAUUCAGAAUGCAUUGAGCAGGAGGACACAGACGAGUUGGAGGAUGAGGAGGAGGAGGAGGAGGAAGAAGAUGAUGAUGAUGAUGAUGAUGAUGAUGACGAAGAAGGGGAAGAUGUAAACUUCACAGGUGGUUGCUGGGAAGAAGAUGGAGAUGUGGAGUAUGGAGCUCAGCCGCCACAGCUACAGCAGCAGCCCGAGCAGCAGGCCGAUUACCAAGCCAGGGAUUUGCCUGACAGCCCCAUUCCGGUGCGGUCCAAUGUCCUGAGACUCCGCAGGCUCCGGCUCCGGCGCUGGCGAAGGCUCCGCUCUCAUGCCAGCCUGAGGUCCCGUUGGAAGACCUGGCGCCAGCAGGCCCUCUGGGGCGGCACCUUUGGUUUCAGGCGGGUCAGGAGGUGGCGCCAGUAUAGAAGCCAGAGAGCUCGCAGCCCCCGGCUGGGUGGGCCGGCACUAAAUGGAGCUGAGGCAGACCCUCAGGCUGGCGAGGUGAAUGGUUUCCCAGGCGACUUCCGCAGGGCAGAUGGCACAGAAGCGGGAGACGUGGGGAGAAGCGGGUCGCCCUCGGCCGGCGCCGAACCCCCCGGUCCACGUGACAGGCCCGCUCCCCAGAGCAUGCAGAAUGCCCUGACCGACGAACACGUGACCUGCGUUCAGGGGAUCCUGGAUGAGUCUUUACAGCAGUACGGCAGCCUGAUCCCCAUCCACGUUGACGAGGUGGUGGAGAAGCUGGAGGACAUCUUCAGUGAGAGCUUCUCUCAGCCCCACAGGAAGGCUGUGGUGCAGCAUCUAAUUCAGACCUACCAGCGGCUGUCUGGCAACGUCAUGGUGCGAGGAUUCCGCGUCAACUACAAGCGCCACGUUUUAACAAUGGACGACCUCAGCACUCUGUACGGCCAGAACUGGCUUAAUGACCAGGUCAUGAACAUGUACGGGGAUUUGGUGAUGGACUGCGUGCCAGAUAAGGUUCACUUUUUCAACAGCUUUUUUUAUGACAAGCUGAGAACGAACGGCUACGAUGGAGUCAAGCGGUGGACAAAAAACGUGGACAUCUUCAAGAAGAACCUCCUGUUGAUCCCCAUCCACCUGGAGGUGCACUGGUCGCUGGUGUGCGUGGACGUCCCGCGUCGCGCCAUCACCUACUUCGACUCACAGCGUACCCUCAACCGCCGCUGCCCCAAGCACAUUGCGAAGUACCUGCAAGCGGAAGCUGUGAAGAAAGAGCAGAGAGACUUCCUCACUGGGUGGAAAGGCUAUUUUAAGAUGAACGUCGGCAGGCAGAACAACGACAGCGACUGCGGCGCCUUCGUCCUUCAGUAUUGCAAGUGCCUGGCCCUGGGGAAGCCGUUCAGCUUCGGCCAACAGGACAUGCCCAUGCUGAGGAGAAUCAUGUACAAAGAACUGUGUCACUGUAAGCUCUCGCUGUGACAUCUGGUAGAGGGCCGAGGACACAAAGGAGACCUGAGAGAAACACCCACCUCUCUAUUUUUCUUGGCAGCCAGAGACUCUCAAAGUGGAUUUCUUUUUUUUUUUUCCCCUCUCUCCCCCCCCCUUAAUAAUUUUUCCACUCCCCCUCUUUUUUGUUGUUGUUUCCUUUAUGGUUGAUAGAGGCCAACUGUACUCAACACAGAGUGCCUGUAGGAUACGGUUCAUUUACAGCUGUGUUGGACAAUGAGUAUUUGAGUAUCUCUGAAUGAAGGCAUGUUUUUGAGGCCGGCCAAACAAACAUCACAACAAACAAACUGGUUACAUGUUCUCGUUCAGGGAAAAAAAAAAUUGGGAAUGGAAAAAAUAAGUAUCUUUAAAAAAAUCUAAAGCUGUCAUGAUUGUGUAAGCUAUAUACUUUUUUUUGUCAGUGUGGGUCCUCUGGGGCCUAUCGCUACUUGUUCAUGAGUUAAUGUUUCUUUUUUUUUUGUCAAGGGAAGGGGGGAUAUGCUCCGAAUAAUGGAACACAUUCAUGUUUUAUAUCUUUCAAACUACAUUGUGUUUUCAGUUGCUAAAAAUAAAAUAUCGGGAUUAAAAAAAAAAAAAAACAGUGAUGAAAGACAAAAACUUUGCCGUACUGCUGUAGAGUGACUUGCUGACA